GCUCAACUCAAGUUAUCUUCUCCACAACCACUAUAUAUCAACGAUUCAACCAUUUCAAAACACCACAUCCUCUUUCUCAAACGACAAAACAUCACCAAAACCAGCCCACCCACCACCGCCAUGUCCCAACCUCCCUCCAACCACCCUCCUACCGACGACCAAACCCUCCACAACCUCACCCGCCUGACGUCCUUCCACUUCAAAAAAGAGGCGGAACUUCGCCGCCUCGCCGCCGCCACACACAACCACGAGCACUGCGCCCGCUACGAAAAAGAGGCCGCCGACCACCACGAGACCUACUCGGACAUUUUGUCCGAGAUCAAGGUCUACAAGCUCUACCUCCUGGAAGGCGAGGUAUGCGCUGAGAAGGGCUUUGACGAGAAAAAAAUGGCGGAGAGCGAGGCGGUCCGGCAGAGGCUGAAGAAGAGCAGACUGGAGAUGUUUAAGCAUCCGAUUGAGCGGGUGAGGGAUUUGAGGCCGUGGCAGGGAUUCAGGAAGGACUUUGAUGAGAUGGCGGGGCUGCAGGAGAAUUUCGAGUGGGCGAGGAAGGGGAGGGAGGACGUGGAGACGUAUGUUAGGAACCAGAUGGAGUUGCAUAAGGCGGAGAUGCUGGAAGAGGAGGAGGGGCGAGGGGAGGGGGGUGAUGGGGUGCGGGAGGACUUGGAGUGGGCGAGGAAGGGGAGGAAGGACAUGGAGGCAUAUGUUUGGAAGCAGAUACGGUUGCAUAAGGCGAGGAUGCUGGAAGAGGGGGGCUGAAGAGGAUCGAGGAAGAGAGAGUGUGUAGGGGUGACAGGGCGUUGAUUAGAGUCAUGUUCGAGGACUAGUCAUUGUAAGCCGGG